AUGAACUUUGCCCUAGUUCCCCAAUCAUCGCCCAUUGAAGACAUCAUCCAGCACACCGAACCAAUCCUCCGCCACCUUGACAAGUCCGCAGCUAAUGAGAUCCGCCUGCAGGUCCAUCAAGCCCUUCGAAAACACAAGCCAACCAAACCUAACAUCUCAAAGCUGGAACAGGCAGCCAUCAAUUCACUGCCCUUCUACCGAGAACUCCGAAAAGAUCCCACACCGUCCAUCGAGAGGAGGCUGCAACAAAAACUCCUCUCCCUCCAGCGCACGGGUACAUCACCCAGUCCCUUUACAGAUGCCACCACCAUCGCCAAGGACAGACUUGCAGCAGACCCUGCCUUCAAGGACCGCACAGACCUCACUCCAGAACAGCUGCACGACCUGCUCCUCACCUGUGUCAACUCAUCGAGCUUCCGCUGGCGGGACAAAUUCUUCGAACAGUCAGCUGGAACCUCCAUGGGAUCUCCUAUAUCCCCGGUUCUGGCGGGCAUGUUCAUGGAGGAAUUUGAGCAACCUGCCAUCAACACAUCAGACCACAGACCCAAAGUUUGGCUCCGAUUUGUGGAAGACAUUUUAGUCAUCUGGCAGCAUGGGCAGGACAACCUCCGACUCUCUCUGGAACACCUCAACGGGCUUCACAGCAGCAUCCAGUUCACCAUGGAACAAGAUCCUAAUGGCAACAUUUCGUUUCUUGAUGUUCAGGUGACCAGAAAGGAGGACGGCAGCCUAGCCCGCACGGUCUACCGCCAGCCCACCCAUACGGAAAGAUACCACCACAACACGUCCUUCCACCACCCCAAGAUCAAGUCGUCUGUCAACUGGGCCCUUGUUGGCAUCUGCUACAAAGAAUUCCUCGGCCAAGAACUCCACCACAUCUCCGCAGCACUGCAACGUAACGGCUACAAGCGAAGCCAAGUCAAGACCCAUGAUCCCAGAUCCACGCCCGGCCAAAGGGUCUCCUAUAGGCCCUACCCAAAGCCAACGAUGUACAUCGGUGAGACGGGCAGGGACAUCCCUACCCGAAUCAACGAGCACAAAGCUCAUGGCAGGAAGGGAGAGCUUGAAAAGUCGUCAAUAAUCAAGCACGCCCGCACUGAAGACCACCAGAUCAACUGGAGCCAAGCUGAACUCAUCACCAGCAUCGAACAAUGGUAUCCCCGCCGCAUCAGAGAGGCCAUAGAAAUCAUCAAGCGUGACACAGUUCCCCAAGACAUCGGCUUUAGCAUUAGCGAUAUCUGGCGCCCAUCCUCACAUCCCAGUCCAAUGGGUCUCCUGUACUCUAUGACUCCCCAGUUAAGUUCCCUCUUUAGUUAA